AUGGAGAGACCACCAUGGAGCAGAGCUUCCGGCAACCGCGAGUUCCUGCGAACGUACAAGGCCUGCAUCUCGUGCCGGCAACGCAAGGCAAAAUGCGAAUUAGGCGGGAAUCGAGAGCGCGGGAUCCCACCCGGUCCGCCGUGCCUGAGAUGCCGACGGGAGCAGCGGAAUUGCCUGUUCAGCGAGGAUCGCGCGUGGUCACGGAAGAAGAAGAGUAAUUCUCACAGUCCCCCCCAGGCCCAGAAUGCGCGCUUUGCGCCUCCCGGAAUACCCGCUAACGGCGAAGAAGCCAAUAAUGUUAUCAGCACCACAUCGGCUGAGCAACAGUCUUCCCUCGCGGCGUCGCCACAAAUACCCGGUUCGUCUCUCAGUAUCGCGGGCACCCCGGGGAACGUCUCGCUACACGGGGCCCAUAGUUCCGAAGUCGACGCAUCUGGGAACGCUCCCGCUCCGCCGUCCAUGCAGUAUGAGACCACCGGGACGGCAAACACGCCGGCUAACAUGAGCGCGAAUAGCACAUCACCGUUGACGUCGGGCAUGCCGCGGGCGGCGGACCCUACAUCGGAACACGGAGGUUCGAGCGGGCUGGCAAGUUCCGUGAUGCGCACGGUGGUGUCGAGUGGGAAUGAUGCGCUGAACAUUCUUUUUCAAGCUGCAGCGCAGGAACAAGGGAAUAGUAUGGGUGAUUUGGCAACGAAUGCGCGGGGGCCUUUGAGCCAGAGCGGCCAGCCCAUGCAGCAGAUGUAUGAGACGCCGGGCUCAACGGCCUCACUGGGGAUGGCGACGACUGUCUCAGAGCCCACGCACUUGUCUCCCGCGGAGCCCGAUGUUAUCGCAGUGUGGGAUUCUUGCCGGUUUGUGAAGAUGGGUUGGUUCUCAUCGAGAGAGGCCGUGACGUACAUUGAUUUAUUCUUUCGGAACAUGGCGCCGCUGUCGCCGAUACUGUCCAAUUUCUACUCACACCAUCGCAGCCACUACUGGCUAAUUACGCAGGAACCCGUCCUUUGUUGCACGAUCUUGAUGAUCUCAUCCCGGUAUCACACACUGCCGGGUGUCGGUGGGGCUUCGAGAGGAUUUUUCAUUCAUCAACGAUUGUGGCAGCAUUGCCAGCAUUUAAUAAUGCGAGUCAUGCUUGGCCAGGAAAAGGGUUCGAAGGCGAAGACUCGAACGGUUGGCACCAUUGAAGCUCUCCUUCUGAUGUCUGAGUGGCAUCCUCGAUCCCUCCAUUUCCCGCCUGAGAGUGAUGGUUGGGACUCAGAUCUGAUGAUGUCUCCAGAGCAACAUCACGCAGUCACUCAUCCGGAUAUGUCUGUCUCAGCACCGUGCCGGUGGCUUGAAGAUGUAAUUGAGCCGGCACGGCGAUCUGAUAGGAUGUCGUGGAUGCUCCUUGGCUCUGGUUUGACAUUAGCCCAUGAGCUUGGGAUUUUCGAUGCAGAUGAGUCGCGAGCGCGGAGUAUGAUAUCGAGUCCAGAAAUGGAGGGUCAGGGCGUCGAUAUUAAUCUUCGCCGGUACCGCAUCCAACAAUUACUCUAUGUUUUCAUAAAUCAGCUAGCCUCACGACUUGGAUGCAUGUCGCUCAUGCCACAGAGCCUGAACCAUGCUGUUUUGGCCCCGUUAUCGCAGCCUUCCCUACAGAGCGGCGAUGAGUGGCAUUCGUUUAUGAAUUCCUGGAUCGAGCUCACAAAGCUCUCAAAAUCCGUUACUGAUACCUUCUUUCCCUCUGCAUCUUUGACUCGGCAACAGUUCCAUAGCGGGAGAUACAUUGGCCUUUUGGAUCAUUUUAGGCCGCUGCUUUCCCAGUGGCGGCAGAAACACUUGGAUACAAGACACUUAUCUGCGCCAUUCCGUGAUAUGAUAUUUAUAGAAUAUCAAUUCGCCCGGGUAUAUACAAAUUCAAUAGGGAUGCAGGCAGUUGUAGAACGGCUACUUGCCGAAUCGGAUCCAGGCUCGGUUCUGGAUGAUGUCCGCCAAACGAACGUUGACGAAAUCGACUAUGAAUUCAUUCAAGAAGUUAUAGAUGGCUCAUGCCAUAUCCUCCAAAAGGUGAUCACGCUUGCAGAGACAGGCGCGCUGCGGUUUUCUCCUGUGAGAAUUUUUCUCCGCGUGACGAGCUCUUCCAUUUUCCUCCUCAAGGCGCUCAGUCUAGGCGUCCGCAACGCUAAACUUCAAGAGUCCCUCGAAAUAUUAAGUAGAAGUAUUCAGGCGUUGCGUUCCAAUUCGUUAGACGAUAUACAUCUUGGAUCUCGAUAUGCAACGCUACUCGAAUCCCUUAUUAUUCGUCUUCGACGUAGCUUCGUCUUAUCGAACAAAAAGGCUAGCCGAGGCACAACAAGGCCAUCUUCUGUUCGGCCACCUUCUGACCCUCAAAAUCCAAGCGGGCAGGCUGAUUUAAGCCAGAUGGCGGCGAACAAUGGCUCGCAAAUGGAUGUUUCGAAUCCCGUGUUUGAUGAUCAGAUUCUAUCCCUAAACGAUAUCAAUGCCGAUGAUUGGCUUUCUCUGCCAUUUGAUCCGUCGAUGGCGCCAUUUGGGGAUGGCGGGAACCAGAUUUGGUCUGGGUUUGAGGGCUCAAAUUUGAAUUUUAUAUGGAAUUUACCUUCUUGA